ACCACCUCUUAAUGUGGAGACUGUUCGGAGAGUAAAACCACCUCUUAAUGUGGAGACUGAUUCGGAGAGUAAAAUCACCUCUUAAUGUGGAGACUCUGUUCGGAGAGCAAGCAGUGGCAAGAGGUGAACUUUGCUACAAUCUCAAUCUCUCUCCCUGCACCUCGACCGUGAUGGUGUGUGUGGGUUCCCUCUGGCUGCUGCUGGUGUGGCCGCUGUGCGCUCCUGGCUGGCUCGCCCACAAGUGCGUGGUCUACGACGACGCGUCCGACUGGCCGUCCGACACCAACUGCCCGGGCGUGCGGCACGCGGCCUCCUGCUCCGGCGUGACGGACCUCCGGCGGGACCUGCGUGGGUUGCCGGGCGAGCUGCGGACGCUGUGCGUGGACGUGGACCGGGCCAAGCGCGUCCACAGCCCGCUGCCCGUCGCCUCCUUCUCGGCGCUGCGCCGCCUGCGCCACCUCCACGUGGCCGGCUGCUUCUCGCGCGUGCUCAACGGCUCGUUCCGCGGCCUGGCCGAGCUGCGCACGCUGACCCUGCGCCACCUGUACGUGCCGCUGGACUGCUGCGAGUCCGCCGUGGUGCCCGCCGCCCUGCUGGACCUGCCCCGCCUCCGCGCCCUCCACCUGCACGGCUACAGCCUGCGCAAGCUCCCGCCGCACGUCUUCGCCGCACGUCUGCCGCGGCUGCGCGGCCUGUUCGUCAACGCCACGUGUGACGACGACCUCGCGGAGGUCAUCUGCAGGGUGACCCCUCUGCUGACCUCUCUCACGGAGCUGACCCUAGCGGCGCCGCUGGUGCAGGAGCUGACGCGGCACAACUGCUCGUGGAACGGGGCGUCGGAGAGAAGGGACUUCACCACCUCAGCCAAUCAGAGAGGAGACUUCCCCACCUCAGCCAAUCAGAGAGAGGAUUUCACCACCUCAGCCAAUCAGAGAGGGGGCUUCACCACCUCAGCCAAUCACCCGGCCGUGCGGCUCACCGUUGGCAUGGUGACCACUGUAGAGCAUGGAGCACUGAGCUGCUUCCCAGAGCUCACCUACCUGUCUCUGAAAAUGAACGAACAGCUACAGGAGCAACUCAACAAGACGGCCAUCCGUAAAAUAGACCUCUUAGACUACGGGCAGCCUGACCUCUCCAUGCAGGAGAUAUGUGCCGUGGUGUCAGCAUUCUCCAUCAAACGCGUCGAUUUGCAUUACAAUAACAUCGACUUUUCUGAGUUCGACCCUGACCAGUCCUGA